AUGGGUUUAACGGAGAUCCGAAAGGUCUGCGAAGUAUCGCUUGAGACUCCAGCAGAAGAGCAACCCAAGUUACAUAACAGAUGGCAUCCAGAUAUUCCCUUUGCGGAUACGAUCAAAAAUGGAGAAACCGUGAAGAUUGAAUGCAUCGAUUGGACUGGAGGGCAAAUUGGAAACAAUGACAGUGCCGAUGACAUGAAGAAUGUUGACCUCACCCGGAUCCAUUAUCUUUCUGGUCCCUUUGAAAUAGAGACUGCCGAACCUGGGGAUGUCCUCCUAGUCGAGAUUAUGGAUGUGCAGCCAAUGGAGAAACAGCCAUGGGGAUUUUCUGGUUUGUAUUCAAACUAUAAUAAUGGUGGUGGAUUUUUGGAUGAAAUAUAUCCAACCGCAGCCAAAGCAAUUUGGGACUUCGAAGGCAUCUACUGCACUUCUCGCCAUAUCCCGCACGUCAAGUUCCCAGGGUUGAUCCAUCCUGGAAUUUUAGGAUGUGCUCCAUCGGCAGAAGUUCUUGCUACCUGGAACAAGCGUGAAGGGGAACUCAUUGCUGCCAAUAAGCUCGAUCGUAUUGUGGCACAACCACCAAAUCCUCAGAAUGUUCAUGCUGGAACAUCGGACGCCGCGCUCAAAGAGAAGGUGGGAAAGGAAGGUGCUAGGACGAUUCCUGGACGACCCGAACAUGGUGGUAAUUGUGACAUCAAGAACCUCUCCAGGGGAAGCAAAGUUUAUCUCCCAGUUCAUGUUAAAGGUGCCAAGUUUAGUGUGGGAGACUUGCAUUUCUCGCAAGGUGACGGCGAGAUCUCAUUUUGCGGAGCCAUUGAAAUGGCAGGAGUGGUCACCAUCAAUUUUAAAGUUAUGAAGAAUGGCAUUGCCGACUUGGGAAUGAAGUCUCCACUCUACCUCCCAGGUCCAGUUGAGCCACACUACGGCCCUGGCCGCUAUUUGACCUUCGAAGGCUUUUCUGUUGAUGAGCACGGAAAGCAGCAUUACAUGGACGUGACUGUAGCAUAUCGCCAAACCACUCUUCGUGUUAUUGAGUACCUCCGUCGCUUCGGUUACUCUGACUAUCAAGUUUAUCUGCUUCUAUCAUGCGCUCCAGUCCAGGGGCACGUCGCAGGUAUCGUCGAUAUUCCAAAUGCCUGUACAACAUUAGGUCUUCCAAUGGACAUCUUCGACUUCGACAUCUCACCUACUGGGCCAGCAAAGAAGUUGGAAAUGGGCAGUUGUGCUUUUGAAACUGGCGUUACGGAAGGCAAAGUCACGCAAGGAGGAAAGAAUAGUGAGAUUAGCUGGGGUGGGGGUUUGACGUACAAGACUAAGGAAGAAUCUAAGUAA